UUAGUCUGUACAAAAAUUUUGAGCUUGCAUUUAACAAUGUACACCCACCACCCAACCACACUACUCUGUAGGAAGUCCUCGCCUUUAUUGAUCCCACCUGCAAUUUCAAGCUUUACCCAUUUUAUACCACUCGCUUCCCAACACUUGAUAUCUCCACACUUCCUUCCCUCUCCAUCUUCUCAGAGGCAAAAACACAAACACAUAGAUUGCACUCUCUUUCUCUUCAGCAAUGGCUACCCUCUCUCUCUCCUCUGCUUCUCUCUCCCCCUACUACCACCUCUUCUUCACUGCUCUAGCAUUUCUCAUCUCCGGGCUGAUAUUCUUGCUCACCCAGAAAUCCAAAUCCAAGCACCUCAAUCUUCCUCCAGGACCUCCGGGCUGGCCUAUUGUUGGAAACCUCUUCCAAUUUUCCCGCUCCGGGAAGUCGUUCAUCGAAUACGCAGACGAACUGAGGCUCAAGUACGGUCCGAUAUUCACUCUCAGAAUGGGUACCCGAACCAUGAUCAUUCUAAGCGACGCCAAACUCGUCCACGAAGCCUUGAUCGAGAAGGGUGUGGUCUUCGCAACCCGACCCAGUGAGAACCCGACCCGAACCAUCUUCAGCUGCAACAAGUUCACUGUUAACGCUUCACUCUACGGCCCCGUGUGGCGGUCCCUGAGGCGGAACAUGGUCCAGAACAUGCUCAGCUCGACCCGGCUCAAGGAGUUUCGAAGUGUUCGAGAAAACGCCAUGAACACUCUGAUCGAGCGGAUUAAGGCUGAGGCCCAGGCCAACGACGGGGUCGUUUCGGUUCUGAAAACCGCACGCUUCGCCGUGUUUUGCAUUCUCUUAGCAAUGUGUUUCGGAAUCGAGAUGGACGAGGAGACGGUGGAGAAAAUGGAUCAGAUGAUGAAAGCGGUUUUAAUCGUACUCGACCCGAGAAUCGACGAUUAUUUGCCGAUUUUAAGCCCGUUUUUCUCCAAGCAAAGGAAGAGGGCUCUCGAAGUGAGGAACGAGCAGAUUGAGUACAUCGUCCCGUUCAUCGAAAGACGUCGUCGGGCGCUCGAAAACCCGGGGUCGGAUCCCCAAGCGACGACGUUUUCGUACCUCGACACGCUGUUUGAUCUCAAGGUUGACGGACGAAAAUCGGCGCCGUCGCAUGCCGAAUUGGUCUCGCUUUGCUCGGAGUUUUUAAACGGUGGAACCGACACGACGGCGACAGCGAUAGAGUGGGGAAUCGCACAGCUCAUCGACAACCCGGAGGUGCAAGAAAAGCUCUACAGAGAAGUUAAGGCGAGUGUGGGAGAUAGAAAAGUGGACGAGAAAGAUGUGGACAAAAUGCCUUAUUUGCAAGCUGUGGUGAAGGAGCUUUUACGAAAACACCCUCCUACUUACUUUUCAUUAACCCAUGCAGUUACUGAGCCCACCACCUUGGCGGGGUACGAUAUACCAACUGGAGUGAAUGUCGAGUUGUACUUACCCGCCAUUUCGGAGGAUCCGAAACUGUGGUCCGAUCCGAAAAAAUUCAAUCCGGAUCGGUUCGUUUCGGGUGGAGAGGAGGCGGAUAUAACUGGAGUGAGCGGGAUUAAAAUGAUGCCGUUUGGCGUGGGGAGAAGGAUAUGCCCGGGUUUGGGCAUGGCUACGGUGCAUGUUCAUCUAAUGCUGGCAAGGAUGGUGCAAGAGUUUGAGUGGAGUGCUUAUCCGGCUGGUGAAAAAUUGGAUUUUGCCGGGAAGUUGGAGUUUACUGUGGUGAUGAAGAACAAGCUUAGUGCUAAGAUCAAGCCUAGGGUUUGAUUAAUUACUUUUUAUAUAUACCGAUAUAUCGAAUUUGUGACAUGUAGAUCUUUUUUCUUUUGUAUUACGGAUAUGGACCAGGACCACUGUAUUUUUCAUUUAUAUAAAAUUAUGGCUAUGUGUUGUGGAAAGAGCAGAAUGUUGAUCCA